ACCUGCAAACCUCUUCCUGAUCUCACACUGACAAAAACAAACCUCUGAACACGGAGAAACUGCGACACACAGGUGUGCAGCUCAACAUGACAGCAGUCUGGAGAAAUGAACAGUCUCAGGUCUGAUGAAUCUUUUACAGGAUGAUGAACAAACAGGAAAGAUGAUCCACUGAACACUGAAGAAAGACGAAAUAGGAAACACAAUAUCAACAUGUCCGGGAGAGAAGGCAGAGUGUCUGCCAGUAGCAGUACUGCUCACAGGAGAGCACACAGCAGGGAGAAACCUCCUUCACUUUCAGACUGUGAGAGGCUAAAUGUGUUGGUGUGUGGGAGCGACGGCUCACUGAAAUCCUCCAUCUCAGAGCUGAUCCUGCAACACACACACAGAAGAUCAGAGAGUGUGAGGACAGACGUGGAUCUUCAUGGUCGUCUGAUCAAUGUGCUGGAGCUUCCAGCUCUGUUCAACACUGGGCUCUCAGAGGAGGAAGUGAUGCGUCAGACUCUUUGCUGUGUGUCUCGCUGUCAUCCUGGAGUUCAUGCUUUCCUCCUCAUUAUUCCUGACGCUCCACUCAAUAAUGAAGACAGAGCAGAAAUGGAGGAGAUCCAGAAGAUCUUCAGCUCCAGAAUCAACAAACACAUCAUGAUCCUCAUCAUGCAGAAUUCAGAGCAUCAGACAGCAGAACUCAAUGAAGAAACACAGGCUGUCAUUCAGAGUUUUGGAGGAAGACAUCAGUACAUUAAUCCUGAAACACAAGAGGCCACAUUGAUGGAGAACAUUGAGAAGAUGCUGGAGGAAAACAGAGGAGGCUUUUACUCCACAGAGACAUUUCUGGAAGUGCAGAUGAAAAAAAAUAUGGAAUAUGAAGAGAUGAAGAAGAAACUUCAUUCACUGGAGACACACUUUCUGUCACAAGGUUCAGCUGAGAGAGAAGAUGAACUGAGGAUUAUUCUUCUGGGAAAAACUGGAGUUGGAAAAAGUUCAACAGGAAACACAAUCUUAGGAAGAAAUGCAUUUAAAGCAGGCGCAUCACAAGAAUCUGUUACUGAGACAAGUCAGAGAGAAUCAUCUGAAAUCAAUGGCAGACGCAUCACUGUGAUCGACACUCCAGGACUGUUUGAUACUGAACUCAAUAAUGAGGAGAUCCAGAGAGAAAUCAGACGCUGCGUCUCCAUGAUUCUGCCUGGACCACAUGUGUUCAUCAUCUUGCUCAGUAUAGGACAGAGAUUCACUGAAGAGGAGGCAAAAUCUGUAGAGUUUAUAAAGGAGACGUUUGGUCAAAACUCUUUAAUGUUUACUAUGGUGCUUUUCACUAGAGGAGAUGAGCUGAGGAAUCAAACCAUUGAAAUGUUUCUGGGAAAACCUAAAUCUGUGGUUAGAAAACUGAUUAAAACUUGUGGAAACAGAUCCCAUGUGUUCAACAAUAAUCAGCCUGAAGACCGAACACAAGUGUCUGAACUACUGGAGAAGAUAGACAACAUGGUGAAGGCAAACGGAGGAAGCUUAUACUCAUGUAAGAUGUUCAGAGAGAUGGAGAGAGAAAAACAAGAACAGCAGAUGAAGAUCCUGAAGAACAGAGUCAGAGAAACAGAAGAAAAGAUGAAGAAACUAGAAGAAGAGAAAGACCAAAUGAAGAUGAUGAUGGAGGAAUGUCAGAAGGACAGGCAAGAGGAAGAAUUAAAAAGACUAAAAAUAGAAAAGCAGAAUUCAGAUGAACAGAUUCAGAGACUCAAAAGUAAACUAUAUGAAACAGAAGAAAAUAUCAAAAAGAAAGAAAGAGAGAGACAAGAACAAAUAGAGGAUUUAGAGAAGAGACUGAAAGAAGAAAGAAACCUGAGAGAAGAUCAACAAAAGACUUUAGAAGAUUUACAACUGAAAUUCCUUAAACAACAGCAUGAAGAUGAACUGAAGAGAAGACGAGUAAAAUCAGUUUCUAUGUUUGCUGAGAUCAUCUGUCAGAAACUGAAGGAGCCCAUUGAGCAGAGCGUCUACAAGAAAACUGCCAGAGAUUUAGCAGAUGAAAUGAGAUCAAACUGUGAAUCACUGAAUGGAAACAGAUCAAAUCUGGAGAAACACAUCCUGAAGACACUGGCAGAAGAGGAGGACUUUGACAAAUACAUGAACUACAUUCAUUAUCCCAGAGGUCACUACAAGAGUUUCAUCAGAGAUGAAGUCAGUCGCUACAUCAGAGAUAAGUUCAGCAUCAGUGUUUUACCCAAGAUGAAGGAGAACAUUAAACUCCUGCAGCAGAAGAUCAUGAACGCAGCACAUCAAUCUACUGAACAUGUUCAAGUCAACAGUGGAGAUGUUGGUUUGUGGUUGAAGAGUUUCACACAGCAGCUCUCAGAUCAGCUGAUCUUCUCUGAAAAAGACCUCAUUGGAGUCAAACAUGAUGAUGUUGAUGAUUUCAGACUCCUAGAAGAUGUGAUCAGACAAGAGCUUCCUGCUGUAAUGUCAGACAUCAGCAGCAGAUUCAACACAGACACAUUUCCAGUAAAGCUGGACUAUAAGUUCAGGCCAGAUGAUCUUCUGAUUGAUCACUUCUGUCAGUGCUGUUGGGUUCAGUGUCCGUUCUGUGGAGCCACCUGCACAAACACCAUAGAAAACCAUGAUGGAGAUCACAGUGUUGCUUUUCACAGAGUGAGAGGAAUUAAUGGAAGAAACUACUCCCAAAAUCUCUGUGCUGAUUUUUGUACAGAUUUAGUGGCAAGUGGUCAAGAGUUUAACACACCAGAUGGAAGGUUCCCUUGGAAAGAAUACAGAAGAGCAGGAGGAGUUUAUGCACAGUGGAGCAUCACUCCUGAUCUCUCUGAACUGCCCUACUGGAAGUGGUUUGUCUGUAGAUUCCAGAAAGAUCUGGAAAAAGAGUACAAUGCAACAUUUGCAGGAGGGAGUAAGAUCACAGAUGAGUGGAGAAAAUACUCAAAACGAGAUGCUAUUGAGAGUUUGGAUAAAUACAUGUAAUGGAGAAGAUAAAGAAUCAGACUUGAGUUGACACCUCUGUUUCUCCUCAGAUCAGUCAAAAGUCAGUUUCUAUUAUAUUCAUCAAUGAGUCCAAACUCAACAUCUCAGAGGAGUAGAGGAGCUCCAUCCCAAGUCUUAAUUUCUUCUUUAGUUUGAGCUAUUUUACAGCUUAAUUCAAAUAAUAAUGGCAUCUGAGAUCAAGAAGACAAGUGUGGGCAGACAAAUAUGAAAUCACUAUCAGACUUUAAAAUAAUCAAACCCUGACUAAAGAUCCAGCUGAAGACCAAACGGACCAGCGGGCUUAUUUAUCAACUCUGCAUACAGAAAAACUACACAUACACCAGCUUUUAUACUGUACUAAUAAUGUACUUUCAUAAUGUACUUCACUUCAACAUGAACACAUGAGAGAAUGUGCAUUACUCCAGGCCAUCUUCAUAAAUGCUGUGUGCACAUUUCUUGUGUUUUUGCCCGUUGGUGGAUCUCAGAGGCAAUGAAGUGAAGAUGCAAACAACUUGACCUUAUUUGAUUUAUGAAUCUCAUUCUAGUGGACGUCUGAGUAUGUACAUUUUUUUUUUUUGCUUAUUGAGAUACGAGGAGUGAGUGAGAAUUCUUCAAGAAGCCAAGGCUCCUAAAUCUCCACAUCCCAGACCAAAUUGAAUCUGUUCUUUUUUACAGAUUAUAGUCCCAAGACAACUUCUUGCACUAUAAACUUUACACCAUGGGAUCGACACUGAAAUGCUAUACUUUAAAAACAAACUUUUUUCUCUUAAUAUAAGCCGUUUUGUGUAAUUUAGGGAUUUGGGAAGGUUGUGUCCCUGUCAAGGAGGUCCACAUAGGGCUUGCAUCUGUGUGAGCUGAGUUUAACCAAAGACUGUAAUAGGCAAGUUCUGCUUCUUCAUUUGUUAAUGUUAACGAUGCUCCCGGUUGGGGGUUUAUGUGUUUAUCAGAGUCAUUUUUAUUUUGUCUUUUGAAUUUUUAGGUGUCACUUUGCUUUUAUUUUGUGCAGUAUCACAUUAAUGUCCAAAUGUAAUGUUUUGUUUGUUUACCUCUGGACAACUGGCUUUAUGUCCAGCUCUCCCCCAACCCCAGCAUGGAAAUGAAUCUAGAAAUCCUUGUUUGUUUUUAAUAGAUUAAAAGAUUAGCUAUUUUUAGGAAUUUAACUCAGGAAAGAGCAUUUAAAGAAUGUCAGUCAAUAAUAGUUUAUUCAAUGUCUAUGUGGUGUUUGGCCUCUAUUUCCAGGACAUUUUUUUUACAUUUGCGGUCAACGGGGAGCCACUAUGAAUAUGUUAAAGAGUAAAAGUUAUAGGGUAGGGAAAUGUCCUCAAACCAGGGUUUGAAAUCAGGGCGCCCUGACGUGGUACUACACCAUAUGUCAGCAUGCUAACCACUAGACUAUAGAGUGGAGGAACUAUGAUGUAACCUUGAAGGCGAAUCGGCUGCUAGCAUAAAACUGGUUCCCUCGAUAAAGUCCCUAUAGGAUUUUCCCAUAGGCUUUUCGAAGAUUGUGAAUAAUAAGCUCUGUGUUCAAACACUGUUCAUUACACUUACACGAUUUGUACAGCCAGAUAACCCUUACACCAAAAUACAACUUUAAGCACUUUUGGAUCGUAAAUGCAAACACAAGAAUUAAAAAGCUAACAUCAGGCUAUAAACGGACUACAGAGCCCUCGGGGCGCUCGUCUGUGAAGUCAGCACCACUUUGCUGCAGACAACUUAUCAAGCUUUUUUUUAGAAAUAUGGUCCAUGACAAAGAUUUACUCUCUCGGUUUAUCAUAUUAUAAUCCACGCUAUAUAUUAUAAACAAAUAAAUACACAAAAAACGCAUAGACCUAUGUGCCUUUUGGAUAGUUUUUACAUGGGAAAUACAUUUUGUUUUGCUUUACGGUUUUUGUAAAAGUUUUAAAACUGUGAUUGUAAAUGUGCCCACAUAGUAUUAUCAUCAGACAUAUUUAAAUAAGUAUAUCACUCACGUGCACACAGCCUGCUUACCUUAACAGAUGACAGAAAUGAGGCGUGAGGAGGAACAAGUCUAUCAAAUACCUGAAAAUUCCAUCAUGGAUCACAUUCAAUACUCUUUUUAUGUCACAAAGUACAGUGAAAAGCAGCUCAUACAGUCACACAUGCUACAUAUUUCAUGAAGGAGUGUACACAGCAGUUAUGACGGUGUUAAAUGUGUUCAGAUGAGGAAAAAAAACAGAUGAAAAAUCAAUUGAUACUCUUCAUGAAAAUACCUAAAUCACCGACAAAUCCAAAGCCCAACACAAGCGAGCUGCGCUCCACAACAGAUCAUAAUAAUGUAUAAUGUCUCCGACACUGCCUGUAGUCCCAUUUAGCAACUUGAUAGCAAGUGUCUUUUUAAAGAAGUAUAAGCGAUAUAAAAACUCAAGAGUGUGCUGUAACUGAUGUGUUUUAUGUUGUACAAUAAAGCGUGAAAGUAUCUUGAGUUUGUGUUAGCCACAGACCUUAUUUAAGCAAUUUUACUAAAUACCCAUUUAAAAAAAACCCAUUGACUUUGGGACGAGGGAACCGGAACUGCUAAAAUGCUAACUCGCUUCCGGGUUUUUGCAUCAAAAUUACAUCAUAGUCCCUCCACUGUAUUGUGCCAACAACUCCCGGGAAUUCUGGGAGACUUGGGAUGUCUGGGACUGUCCUACAAUCUACAGUUUUUGGGUUAACGUUUUCAUUAUUUUGUCAGAAUUUCUGAAAAGCAAAGAUUACAACUCUUCUUCAUUAAAACUGAAUAGAUGAUAGUGUGAUCUCCUUUAUUGUAACUUGAGUCAUCUAAUAGAGUGGUGUUGGAGAAACUAAGAUGUCAUCUAAAAUAUAAAGUAUUGGUGACAGCAGAUUAAUUAGUCUAUUUUACUUAAAUUUUCUUUUUUUAUAAGAUGCUUUCUUCAUUUAUAUACUCUGACAUUGUUUAGUUUUCUUCUCUUUUAUACUUUUAUAUUCACAAAUGUGUAUGUGUGUAUAUUUUAAAUAUAGGGUAAUUUUCUAUUCUCAGUCAAGCUGUCUACAUUGAAGUCAAUGCUAAUGAAUAUUGUUCUUAUAAUUGCUGUUAACUUUAAUGUAAGAAAAAAAAAACUGCAUGACUAAUAAAAUCACCUGAGAUCACCUGAACAGUGAUAUUACAAUUCAAAACUACCUGCUGUUUAUGAUGAGCCAGUAAAAAUCCAUAAGCUUAAUCACUAUCAAAGGUAUAUGACAGUAGUGUGAACAUAUAAAUGUAAAGGGGGGUUACACAUUGGCUGUAUCACCGCACAUAUGACAGUCAGAAGUAACGCACUCCGGACGGGCACAUUCAAAUGUUAUUUAACACAAAACUAUGUGGAUGACGCUCUGUAGUGUGGCGUAGUGAGUCAUAGCUGAGCAUCGGUAUGUGUUACCUUAUAGAAAUCUAUGCUCACAAAAAAUGCAUGGCACUGCGUCAUGGCGGUGGUACAUCCGGUGUGCGACCCCCUUAAGACUGUUCAUCUUCUGUAAUGAUUAGAUAAAUAAAAUAAAAGUGUUUUAAAAAUGAA